AUGAAUAAAUAACAUAUUCCAGCUAAAGCAUAAGAAAAAAUAUUUGCUUUGAUCCUGAAACGACCAGAGAAUUUAGUGUGCGCUGAUUGUGCCACAAAAGGUCCUAGAUGGGUUAGUUUGGAUUAUGGUGUAUUUAUUUGUAUGGAUUGUGCAGGUAGAUUAGUUAUUGUUAUUUUGAUAGGCGCUCACAGAACUUUGGGUCCCAGUGUUACACGAGUAAGAUCGACAAAUAUAGAUGGAUGGUAUUAAGAAAAUAUUGAUAUUAUGGAAUCUAUUGGGAAUGCAACAGCAAACUCCUAUUGGGAAAAUACAAUGCCUAAGGAUUAUGUGUAAUAUUAAUUGUAAUUUAGCAAACCAACAAUUAAUACAGGGUUGGAUUCUUUAAUUCGAUUUGUCUAAGAGAAAUAUGUCAAAAAGAGAUUUAUACCUUAGUAAUAAUGUCUUGAUCCAAAAUAAUAAUAUAUGCUAACUAAAACGUAUUCAAAAUUUAGUAACCAUUUAGUUCUGUUAAACCUUUCUACUUUAGAGCAGAAACUAAAUAAGAAGAACCAAAAGUGAAAUUAGGUGAUUUGAUUGAUUUAAACGAGUAAUUCGACAAUUUUGGUUCUAAAGACAUUAAAAUGGAAAUAGUCCAUGGAAAUAACACUUAGUAUGGAACUACUCAUUCUUUAUCACCAGAAAAAGAUAAUACAGAUUUUAAUCAGACCAAAUAACAAGCUAAUCAUGUAAUGCACUCAUUGCCAUCUCUAGAUAUACUGAAUCUCUAUAAGCCAGAUUAAUAAUAGAAAUAAUAAAUGCAAUCAUAACAAACCAUUCCUUAAAAGAAUGCUAAUUAUGCUUACUUACAAAAUUUAGGAUAGCAAUAAUAAUAAUACAAUUAUCAGCAAUACUAAAAUAACAAUCCUUAUUUCAAUUAACAGUAGUAAUAAUAAUAAUAAUUUUAACAAAAUCUAUUUCAAUAGUAAUAAACGAAUCACAUGUAAUAAUAAUCAUAUAAAUAAAAUGGACCCAUCAACAUUAUGGAAUUGUAUUAAAGAUGAAAUUAUAUAAA